AUGCGAAGUUUGCGAGACUUGUAUGAUUCAACAAAUGAGGUAUACCUUGUAUGUCUUCUGGCAGAUGCUGAAAAUGUCAGCUUUGAAGAGGCGGUGCGAGACAAGAAGUGGCAAACUGCCAUGGAUGAAGAGAUUAAAGCGAUUCAUUGUAACAAUACAUGGGAGUUAACAGAAUUACUGGUAGGAAGACAACUCAUUGGUGUGAAGUGGGUGUUCAAGAAAAAGAUGAAUGCUCAAGGCAAGAUAGAGGGGUACAAGGCGCGACUUCUUGCGAAGGGAUACAAGCAAAAGGUGGGAAUCGACUAUGACAAAGUGUUUUCUCCCGUUGCAAGAAUGGAGACAAUCCGAUUACUCGUUUCCCAAGCGGCUCAAUUCAANGAUCUGCUGGCAAUCAACAAAACAGAAGAUGCUGAAAAUGUCAGCUUUGAAGAGGCGGUGCGAGACAAGAAGUGGCAAACUGCCAUGGAUGAAGAGAUUAAAGCGAUUCAUUGUAACAAUACAUGGGAGUUAACAGAAUUACUGGUAGGAAGACAACUCAUUGGUGUGAAGUGGGUGUUCAAGAAAAAGAUGAAUGCUCAAGGCAAGAUAGAGGGGUACAAGGCGCGACUUCUUGCGAAGGGAUACAAGCAAAAGGUGGGAAUCGACUAUGACAAAGUGUUUUCUCCCGUUGCAAGAAUGGAGACAAUCCGAUUACUCGUUUCCCAAGCGGCUCAAUUCAAAUGGCCGAUUUUUCAAAUGGAUGUCAAGCAACAAUGA